GCUGUCGCCUCCCAAAGUCCCUUGUCGGAGAGGGCGGGGCGGGGCCAGUGCGCGUCAGCGCUUCCGGCCGCCGCCGCCCGGAGCUUCUGCGGUGAGGAGCGGCCCGGCCCCCUCGGGCGGGUGCGGGGCUGCCCGUUUUUUGCAGGGAGAAGAAAGAUGGAAAGUAAUGCAGUUUUACUGGAAUCCAAGUCCUCUCCCAUCAACCUUCUGAAUGAAAUGCAUCAGCUGCGUCUCCUCGGCCACCUUUGUGAUGUGACAGUUAGUGUGGAAUACCAAGGUGUCAGGGCAGAAUUUGUUGCUCACAAAGCUGUAUUGGCAGCAACAAGCAAAUUUUUCAGGGAGGUGUUUCUUAAUGAGAAGAGCAUGGAUGGCCCAAGAACCAACGUGUUCUUGAAUGAGGUCCAGGUUGCUGAUUUUGCUUCAUUUCUUGAGUUUGUCUAUACUGCUAAGGUAGAAGUGGAGGAAGACAGAGUGCAGCGUAUGCUGGAAAUAGCUGAAAAGCUGAAGUGCUUGGACCUCUCAGAAACCUGCUUUCAAUUAAAGAAGCAGAUGCUUGAAUCGGUGCUGUUGGAGUUGCAAAAUUUCUCUGAAUCACAGAACUCUGAGGAAGAGAGUGCUACCCAGCCAAGCAUUUUGCUCGAGACAAAAGCAACUGCUGUGGCAGAAGCUGACCAGGCAGACUGUCCUCUGGAUCUCCCAGACUCCCCAGUAGACAGGCCUAGCAAUGGAGUCGCUCUGGAGAUGCCAGCUGACAAAUCAAAAGAGAAAAUAGACAAGAAGAAGGAGAUGAUGAAGCCUCCCUAUGCCAAAAUCAGAAGGGCAAGUGGGAGGCUGGCUGGGAGGAAAGUAUUUGUGGAAAUCCCUAAGAAGAAAUACACAAGGCGUCUGAGAGAACAGCAGAAGAAUGCAGAGGUUACUGUUGAAGAAAACAAAUACCCACAAUACCAGAGCAUGUGUGAUGCAGAGAGGGAGGAGGAGCAAGCAGAGAACAACAUUAAACCAGAAAGUGAAGAAUGUGAUGGCAACUUUGAAUCAGAAGAAAACCUGAAAAAAUCUGAAGAGGAUAAAAAGAAACGAGGCAGUAACUUCAAAUGCAGCACGUGUGAGAAGGAAUUCCUAUAUGAGAAAAGUUUUCUCAAGCACAUAAAACACAGCCAUGGCAUUGCAGCCGAAAUCAUUUAUCGAUGUGAAACCUGCAGUCAGACCUUUGCCAACCGGUGCAACUUAAAAAGCCAUCAGCGCCAUGUCCACAGCAGCGAGCGCCACUUCCCUUGUGAACUCUGCGGUAAGAAGUUCAAGAGGAAGAAGGACGUCAAGAGGCACAUUCUCCAGGUUCAUGAGGGUGGUGGGGAGCGUCAUCAGUGCCAACAGUGUGGAAAGGGGUUGAGCUCCAAAACUGCCUUGAGGCUUCAUGAAAGGACGCAUACAGGCGACAAGCCUUAUGGGUGCACAGAGUGUGAGGCUAAAUUUUCUCAGCCUUCUGCACUUAAAACACACAUGAGAAUCCAUACUGGUGAAAAACCUUUUGUCUGUGAUGAAUGUGGUGCCAGGUUUACUCAGAAUCACAUGCUUAUAUAUCACAAAAGAUGUCACACAGGGGAAAGGCCUUUUAUGUGUGAAACAUGCGGGAAGAGCUUUGCCUCUAAGGAGUACUUGAAACACCAUAACAGAAUACAUACUGGAUCCAAACCGUUUAAAUGUGAAGUUUGCUUCAGAACAUUUGCACAGAGAAAUUCACUUUACCAGCAUAUUAAAGUUCACACAGGUGAACGACCCUAUUGCUGUGACCAGUGUGGUAAACAGUUCACACAGCUCAAUGCACUGCAGCGUCACCAUCGAAUACACACAGGGGAGAAGCCAUUCAUGUGCAAUGCAUGUGGGCGAACCUUUACUGACAAGUCCACCCUCCGACGACACACUUCAAUACAUGAUAAAAACACUCCAUGGAAAUCCUUCCUUGUCAUUGUUGAAGGAGCAUCUAAGAAUGAUGAAGGUCAUAAAACAGAGCUUCCUGAUGAAGAAUAUGAUGUGUCACCUAAAAUACCAGAGAAGCUGCUAUCUUUCUCUGAAAAUGGCCACUAUCAAAACUUGACUGCUGUCCCAGGGAGUGUGACUGUACUGCAUGAUAAUGGUUCUACUACAGGGACAGACUGUAAGUCAGAUGGGACUCCGGGACCCCAGGAAGCCCUUAUAGCUACCACUUUAAGUGAGCUGACAGUACUACAUGCACAAACAGACUCUAUUCAGCCGCAGCUUCAUGCUUUGGUGAAUAUGGAAUAAUUUGAUAUUUACAAACCAAUUUAAGCUGCACCCUUUGUAUAGUCCUUUGACUUUGCCAGUAACCUACUGAGGGAACUAGGAGAAGCUAUAAAAAGGAAACAAGGCUAGACAUGAAUGACAUCCACAGGAUUUUCCUGAAUUUCUCCCCCAGAUUCAUUAUCCAUCUCCAGUGUGUACAGCUCCAUCUCCUGAAGGCAGGGUAAAAUAACACCAAAUAUAAAUUGAUUUUAUCAGCUGAUAUAAGUUUAGAUCCCCAUAACGUAAUGGUGGUGGAGGAGACAAAAAUCCCAGUAAGUUUAUUUCCUAGGAAAAGAAGGAGGUUGGAAGUUGGUGUAGUUCAGAUCAUGUGGCUUGCACUAGCUGUUCUGCAGGGAAAGGAAGCACCUAUGUUAAAGACAGGUUAUGAAGAAGGUAUAAGUUUGCUUUGCGGUUGAUUUGAUUGCACACAUGUACAAUCAAGAGAAAUAAUGUUGUGUUUCUUGGCCCAGUAGUUAGAUUAAUUGCAUUUUCCCUAGCAGAAUUUGUACAUAAAAAAUUUCUGCUAAAUUGCAUUUCAGGAAAUGUUGGUUUAUCUCUGCUUUUGCCAAAGAUCCAAGCAGUGAGCCAGCUCACUCUUUGGAAAUAAAAGUGGGAGCAAGCUUUGGAAAGACUUAGAGUUUCAUUCAAUCAGUUCUGAUUCUUUAGUAGCAAAAAUGAGGCAAAUGCAAGCAAAGCGCUGUGUCUGUACAGCUGAUGGUAUUACUACAUUUUAGUAAAACUUGGUGCAGCUUGGCACUUAUUCAGUCAGACAUGCUUCAUCUCUAACUGCCCUAGCCUACGUAAAACUUGGGAAUUAGAGGCCAAAAAUCUGUCUUGUAAAAGUGUUUUACCAAAAAUAGUGCUUGAGCUCUCCCGAAAAAGCUAGAGUAACAAAGCCCCUUGUAGAAGACGACUUAUCAGCAUUUUCCUGUUAAAACAUAUCUAAAGAGCUUUCUGUUAGUCCACAUGUAUCAGCAGUGCUGUGUUCUCUACCAUCACUUAAAAAUCACUGUUGUUCAGAACUGCAGACCUCCUUUUAAAUCAGUAAUACUCUGGUGGGGAAAAGUUAAUUGCUGUUUUGCUGUUGAGUUGCUACAGCUAGUUCCACUAGUACGAGUCUCCAGGGGUAGAUUCUGUUGCAAAUGGGAGAUGAUAGUGCUCAUACGAGUAAUGGAAUAAAAAUACGCGAGUAAGUGAGAAGUGUGCUGGACGGUUCAAGGGGUUUAGGCACCUAGUUCCCAAAUUGUGAUUACCUUGUCAAGAAGACUAUGGUGGAACCUGAAUGGCAGUUUUUGGCUAGUAUCUUUUUAACUGUCCCAAGUGAGGCAGGUGUUAAGAACAUAAGUUAUGAAUAAACUUAGUUCAAAGACUUUUCCUGAUUAGCAUCUGCUGUUAAAUUUUAGUAGAAUAACCUUUGUGUUAUUGUUAAUGUGCCUCUUUUUUUUUUUUCUUUAGUAAGGCGUGUGGCAAGGUGAGGCCCAUGUUUUUUCAGGCACUGAGGGUCCUAAAUAUGACUUCUAUUCAGCCCACGCUCUAAAACCUCUAUUUUACACAGCCUUCUCCAUCGUCCACUGGAUUUGGAUCCCCCCAAACACCGAUCCUUAGGAGAAUCCUGCUUCUAUUUGGGCAUUUCUCAGUGACACAAGAUCUUCCCUGUACAUAUACCCGCCCUUCCCCAGGGAGAACAUACCCUUGCUCUCCCCAGUCAUGUCCAGUAGCUGAGAAAGCUGUUGUACAGGCAAAAACCUCUGAGGCAGUUUCUGCCCAUGCUAAGCACUUUGUGCAUUUCCUGAAGGUCAGCUGUCUGUCUUGUGUCAGUUCACCUCCAGUGUCAGCAAAGUUACUGUGGUUGACCCAAGGUCUAGCUGGAGUACUCAUGAGAGUGUUGGGGUUUUUUUCCCAUGGAAGAAAUCAGGAGAGCUGUCUGUGAAAUAAUUUGCCUUGAGGAAAAAAACAUUUGACUGGGCCAGCUCUUGCUUUUGGAAGCGGCUGUUAAUCAAAAGCAACUUGCUGGUAUAGUUAACUCUUCAGACUCAGGGCCAGUUUCCUAAUGCCGCCAUAUGAAAAUCUUGAGCCUUUCUGAUUCAUUUUUCUGUUUUGCUUUUCUCUUUCUCCUUAUUUGAAUAUGAAAGUGGUAUUUCCACAGAAACGUUCUCAUCUGAAGCUUUGAGAAAAGCUUACUGAAAGAUUGCUUGUAAAGGUAAGCACAAUUGAGCCUUGUUAUGGCCCGUUCUAAGGCUUAGGGGUUGGCAAAGCAAUAAAGAUACCUGAACUGUGGCACAGAGCUAUUUUUGAACCUUGAAGGGAUGUCUGAUGUUACCAUGGAAUUAUAACUUAAUCUACAGAAAGGGAUUUUUUUUUUUAAGAGAACAUUUCCAGGAGGUUAUAUUUGAAAUAUUUAUUCAAGCACGAUGUUACUGUUGAAGCUCAGUAUUCCCAAUGACCAAUGUAAAGAGUUUGUAGAUAUAUUUAAGUCUGAGCAUUAGUACUUAUAGACAGGGAAGCUUUUGUACUCCAUGAAUGUAUGGAAGUGAGUUACUUGUAUGAAUUGUUCUUAUUAAAAUAUUGAAAUCUUUACACUGA